UCUUGCCUCUCUUGGAAAAAAAGUGGGAUUUAAAGAAGUUUGUUAGGAGAUAUCCAGCAGAACCGAGCCGGAGCGUUUUACUGCGAGUCUCAGCCUUCUCUCGGAUUUGCGCUCUGGACAGGAUCUCUGCAGCACUAUGGUUCUGACACAGGACGGAUGGGAGGAUAAGGCUCUGCAGGGUUUGUUUCUUCAUCUUAUACAGCUCAGCUUCAGUCCACAUCUCUGCGCUCACAGCCCCGCAUGUGUCCACAGCCCGCUGCACACCGGAGAGCCGCUCGUCAUUCUCCUCAGCGCCGGCGGAGCGCAGAAGCAGCUCAGAGGAUGAGAGACUGGGAGCGAACCGGACCGUUCUCUCUUCUGCUUCUAACCCAACAGCUCAAUUAACUCUGAACACACUGCGCUUUAUUACGAUGACGGCCUGGCAGAAGGCACAAGGGCUUUAGGAUGAAAGUUGUGAAGCGUCUUUCUCUUCUGCUCAGCUGCUGGACUCUCAUUUACCUGGACCCCGUCCUCGGCUCACUCAGCCGAACCCGACCGACCGAGCGUCACCACCAGCGGCUUGGAGAGGCAGCGGAGCACGCGGCAGGCGGCGGGCAGGGAGAGCAAAUCCACCGGCGGACCGGCGAAGGAAACGGCGGGUCGGCACCAGCUGCGGGCCGGCAGGCGGUGACCGGUCCUGGGACGUGGAAACCGUCACCGGGGAGUCCGGCGAGGAUUACUCGGAUCCGCGCAGGACCGCCGCUCAUCAAAGGCGAGACGACUGUAAUUAAAAGUAAAAUCACAGCUGCGUCCUCAUCCACGGCACCGCGCACCGGAGCCGUGCCGGUGAACCGCGCUCAGCUGCAGCAGCAGCACCGGGACAGAGCGGUCAGUUUGGGGCGCAGAGAGGCUGCGCGCUCCUGGCUGCCCGGCGGGGACGGGAAGGCUCCCGCCGCUUUAAGCGCACAUGCAGCGGGGAGAGGAGUCGGGCCUGCAGCUGUCGGAGGCGGGAGGGGAGGCUCGCCGGGGAAACCUUCCGGGAAAGCUGCUUCUAGAGCCGGUGCUGCUGCUCCGGUGCGCACCGCGUCUCCGCAAAGAGCCGCCGGUGCGCACAAACAGCAGCAGAGCGCCGCGCCGGCGGCGCAGCGGGGCGCCAGCAGCAAGAGCCCGAAAGUGAGCGACCACAAACAGCCGCUGGUUACUCCUCACGACUACAUGCUGUCUCUGUACUGGUCUCUGUCCUCCGGGGACCUGAACAGCAGCGCGCUGCAUGAAGCGGGUCUGGCCAACACCAUCACCAGCUUCGUGGAUAGAGGACAAGACGAGCGCGGCCCUCAGCUGAGACGACAGCGGUAUCACUUCAACGUCAGCUCUCUGGAACGAGACGGACUCCUGGGGGCCGAGCUGCGCAUCCUGAGGAAGCGUCUGUCGGACCCUCGCAGAGUCUCGAUGGGACCGUCGGCCGCUGACGGAGGAGGAGGAGGCUCGUCCCCGUGCCUGAAGCUGUACACCUGUGCGUCAGGUAAACAACAGGCUGUCCUGCUCCAGAUGAAGACCCUGGAGGAUCUGCUGGGUGGAGGCGGAUUCGCCAGCAAGUGGGAAGUGUUUGAUAUUUGGAAAGCCUUCAAAGGCGCCAAAACCCAGCAGAACCAGCAGCUUUGCUUUGAACUGGAGGCCCUGGAGCACAGAGGCGGCCGCCCCCUGGACCUGCGCCUGCUGGGGUUCGCCCGACCCGGCAGGACCAACAAGGAAAAGGCCUUCCUCCUGGCGUUCGGUAAAAGCAAGAAGCGCGACCUUUUCUACAACGAGAUCAAAGCGCGGUCGGGCCACGACAACAAAACUGUCUACGAGUAUCUGUUCACCCAGCGACGGAUGCGGCGAGCUCCCGCCGCAAGAGGCGCUAAAAAAACUCUGCAGCCGCCGCCGCAGUCCCUCCCCCAACAUCAGCUGGUGAAGACCCAGACGAGGCCGCGGUGUCACCGGAGACGACUCCAUGUGAACUUCAAGGAGAUGGGCUGGGACGACUGGAUCAUCGCGCCGCUGGAGUACGAGGCUUUUCACUGCGAUGGCGUCUGCGACUUCCCCAUCCGCUCGCACCUCGAGCCGACCAACCACGCCAUCAUACAGACCCUGAUGAACUCCAUGGACCCGGAGUCGACGCCGCCGACCUGCUGCGUCCCGACACGACUCAGUCCAAUCAGCAUUCUGUACAUCGACUCAGCCAAUAACGUCGUCUACAAGCAGUACGAGGACAUGGUGGUGGAGUCGUGUGGCUGCAGGUAGCAAAGAAAGGUGAGACUUAGAGGCUGUUCUGACCCGGUACCGACAUCCUGAGUGAUCCGAUCACAGGUGGACAGCUCUGAGUACAGGUGUGAACAAACCCAAGACACACUGAGGACGUAUCUGAGAUCUGAUCACUCGGACCACAUUCAGAGGUGGUCUGGGCUGCAUACUCCACUGACACAAGAAGAAUUGUAACUCAGGUAUCACAUCACCAGACUCCCUUCACAAAUCAACUCAUUUUAAGUGUUGUUGAGUAAGAAGAGACUUUAUAAACGUUGUGAAACACAAAAUCUGACAGAAUCUAAAUCACUGGUGCCUUCUUGUCAAUUCAGCAUUAAAUGCAAAACAUAAAAUAAACCAUUAACUCAACAUCACCAGACUCCCUUAACAAAUCACCUAAGUUUAGGACUUGUUAGCUAGAAUAAAACUUUAUAAAUAUUGUGAAACUGUGUCUCUGACAGAUUCUGAAUCAUUGUGUCCUUGUUGUAAAUUCAGCAUUAAACCAGAAGCUGAAGUUGUUUGGCUCCUUGUAAAAAGUGUCAGUUUGUGGCAGCAUGUCUGUACCAGCCUGUCUGCUUCUGUGUCUAAAGUGCUAAAGUGACAUCACAUCACAGGUGCUCACUCAGACGCAGGUAAACGUCAGCUGUGAUUUGACAGACUGAGAUCUUGUCCCGGUGUGAUCGGAUCACUCAGGUACAGAUGUUGACACCAGGUCUGACUGAGAGCGAGACAGAUGAAGAAGGAACGUUUGUUUGUUAAUAUUACAAUCAAAUCUAAAACUGGAAGACGGACGCUGUUAAACUGUGUGACUGAACUCAGCGCUCUGCUGCAGACAUUAUUCUUCACGCUCCAGUGGACUGUCAGACUGCAUACCAGAGACAGUUAAAGACUAAACAGAGGAGGAGAAGCUGAUGGAGGUGAUGUAAUGUUGGUGUUGGUGCUGAUCAGCAGGACGCUUCAGGAAGACGACAGAAAGGAAACAGAGUCCUGACUGAACAAACACUCUCUCACGUACAUCUGAUCUGCUUUUCUUCUCGCUCUUCAGAUUUGUAUCUGUGUCCUGAUUGGUGUAAAAAGUUUGUGUGUAACAGAAAUGCUAUUGAACAUUAGUGAAUUAUACUCUAAAUGCCCUUUUGUCCAGCACUUAUCUGCCACCGUGCCUUCGCCCCCUCAGACGUACAGUGAAGAGUAAUCUGCCUGAUCCGAGACUGUUUUUAUGAAGCAUGUAAAGAAUUUGUGAUGUAUAAAUACAGGCCAGUGAUGGAGUGCUGAUCUGACCCGCUCCACAUGUGGGAAAGUUGCAUAAACUACUCUUCAAUAAAAAAUGUCUAAUUGACUGAG